UUGUGUUGUUUAAUAUUUUUGUUGUCAGUUCCUAUCAACGUGAAUUUAAAUCAAAUUUUUAUUAAUUAUGAUGAAAUAUUGUAUCGUGGUAGAUUGUAUAAAUAGUAAAGACAAUCAAAAAGAGAAAAAAAAGUUAAAACAACAAAAAAAUUCUCUGUUUACACUGCCCAAUAAUCCUGAAGUAAUUAUACAAUGGAGCCAAAUAUUGGGACAAGAUUUAGCGUCCGAUUCAAAAUGUAAUCAAUUUAUAUGUGAUGAACAUUUUGAGGAAGAUUACAUUAUUAGAAACGAUGUAAUAAGUAUACCAGGUCAGAAACCAUUUGUUUCUGAAAGGAAAAAAAUUAUUCUUAAGCGUGAUGCUAUUCCAAUAUUGGAUAAAAAUAUCGACCAGGUGAUAGAAUCUCCAAUUAAUACUCUAGUUACUGAAAAUGAAAAUGAAAGUACUUCAAGUAAUAAAUGUAAGAGUGUGGCAGUAACAAAUGAUGAAGCUGUUGUCGUUAAUCAGCAUGGCGACGAAGGUGAUACUAUUAACCAUAGCAACAUAUCAGACGGGCGAACAAAUGUUGGCAAUGUACCUUCUGUUAGUCGUGUCAAUACUAGUGACGAAGAAGACGAAGAAGUGCAUCAAGUUCAGCGACCAUACAAUAGGAAACCAUUUGAAAGCUUAGUGGAUGAUAGUGAUUCUACCUUGAAGAAGACGUUCUAUCUGUUGUAGGAACGAAAACUAUUAAGUGUAAUACAAAUGCAUCAGAUUUUGGAUAAGAUAUCAUUACGACAGUCGCUUCUUAUUGUUGGGUGCGCCGAACAUACUAAGCAAUUAAUGGUGAAAGUCAUUAAUUACUUUAUAGUCAUGCGAGGUCACUUUCUGGCUAAAUUAUUCAAUAAAAAUUUGAAUCAACGAAAAAUUCUGACUAGAAAACACCGCAAAACUGCAAAGUUGGCGUAGAUGAUAAAUAUGUUAUAAUUUUAUUAAUAUUCAUAAAAAAUUUAUCAGUAUUACUUCUGUUUAAUAAAAUUUAUACAUUUUAAAU